ACGGGUUGGUCCGUUCAAAAAUGGAUGCCGCUGUAGCAUCAACAUUGCCCGAUAAUGUCUUGGAAGUAAUUUUUUCAUAUUUGUCUCUGCAUGAUUUGAGGAACUGUUCUUUAGUGUGUAAGAGAUGGUAUAGUUUUUUAAAUGAUGAAAAUAAUGACGUUUGGAGGCUGCACUGUAUUCGGAAACUUGCCGAAGAAGCACUAAAGUCAGACUUGUUGUCUUCAGUUCCUACGUAUAAGGCGAAAUUGCGGGCAUUUUACCACGCUUGGAAUCCGAACGACUGUUCUAGAAAUAUUUAUAUUAAGCCUAAUGGAUUUACGUUACACAGAAAUCCUGUAGCUCAAAGCACGGAUGCUUCAAGAGGUAAAAUAGGCUUCAGACAUGGGAGACAUGCUUGGGAGGUUAUCUGGGAAGGGCCUUUGGGGACGGUGGCCGUCAUAGGAAUUGCAACAAAAGAUGCACCUUUGCAGUGUCACGGUUAUGUGGCUCUGCUGGGGUCAGAUGAACAAAGUUGGGGCUGGAAUUUAGUUGAUAAUCAUUUACUGCACAAUGGAGAUGCUCAAGGCAAUUACCCUUUACUUAACAACGCUCCUAAAUAUCAAGUUGGGGAAAGAAUUAGGGUGAUUUUAGAUUGUGAUGAUAACACACUUUCUUUUGAAAAAAACUACGAGUUUUUGGGAGUGGCCUUUAGAGGAUUGCCAGAUAAAAAAUUGUAUCCAACAGUUUCUGCUGUUUAUGGAAACACUGAAGUUUCAAUGGUGUAUCUCGGACCACCUUUAGAUGGCUAACACAGCUGAAAGUUAACGUUAGUCUAUUAAUUAACUGAAAAAAGGGAUUGAAUGCUUCAAGAUGGCUCAUUCAGGACAGCAGGUUUGCCCAUGUGAUAAUUACAUUUUACUUCAGUCAGUCAUACUUCCAUUAAAAAUGAGUAUGUAGGACAAUUUAAACAAUGGUAGAUGUAGAAUUUUUAUAACAAUAGAUUAAGAGAGGUGCAUUUGAAGUAUAUGUUGACACAAACUUAACUAAAUAACUACAAGGAGGAAUUGAUUUCGUUUUAACACAGUCGAAUUUUUAUUGAGUUUUUUAGAUGCUACCACUUUUUACAUCAAAUGCACUAAAUAAAUAAACAUUUCGCCAUAUUCCGUGACCUGAUUGCCACUUUUUUAAUACUAAAACAGAAACAUUGAGUGAGUAGACUUUUAAGGAAUUAAUUCAAUAUCUUUUUAUAAAUUGAGGACUCCUCUUACAAUUUUUUGUUGCAAUAUUUUAUAUCAUCAAUGCUGUAAAAUUACCUUCCAGUUACUAAUUUAAACACUGCCAAAAAAUUCAUUACACUGUUGGAAUAGAAAGUGUAAUUGAAAAAUUAUAACGAGGUCUCAUAGCUAUCUGUUUAAAAAGUACCGAAAUUUGCAUAUGAAUGCAUAAUGGUGUUUUUUUGUGAUCGUUUGACCCCAGGACAUUUUUAUUUAUUUUAUUGUUUGUUUUAAUAGUAUUUCAUCAAAAAUCGGAGGUAAUUUUAUAGUGCCAGGUAUGUGAUUUCACGUUCACAUGAAUGAUUUUAUUUUUUUACGUUGGCAGUCAAUGUAGUCGUGUAACAAGUCUCGAAAAAUAAGCCAUUGUUGCCUUGUAAUUUCGGCAAUUUAAUUUAUUUAAUAUUCGUUUCUGUGAUAUUUUCGAGCAAAUGUUUAUUUAUCAUGAUUUUUAAUUUCUCGACUCAUCUUUUGAUCUGAUAUUAAGCUUGUUAUUUUUUAUAUUAUUUAUUAUUUAUUUGGCCAGAAACCAGUAGUUACGUAACUUUGUAACCGUGAAAUGUAAGCAUAUUCGUCCUCACUCUGCUUCGCAAAGUAAUAAAUUGAUAAAUGUAACUUUUUGUCAUUGCAAAUGCAUUUUUGCUAUUUGAACCCAAAAUUUUCCUAAUGCUGUAUUAGCAAGCCUGACUAUUUUAUUAUUUUGGGUUUUGAUGGCAUGGGAUAUAUUUUUUUAUCGGUGAAAUUUUGUACAGGUCCAAAAAUUUGGAUAAGUUUGGAAAUAUCUAACAAAUGCAGUAAAUAAAACCAUAAAUUGUACUAAAGCGUAUAAUCUUGAUUUGUUACCAAUGUUUUUAGGUUGUACUCUUGUAAAUAUGUAUGUAUGUACGUUUACAUUUUUUCAAAGUAAUCAAUACUUGAAUAGUAUUAAAAUAAAUUCUAGUCAUUUUUAUUAUCGAAAAAUUAAUGCGUAUCUCGACAUUUUGUUUAGCUGAAUGUGUGAGCACUAUUCUAAAAUUCAAAUUGUCCACCUUGAAGUUGACGUCCUAAAUAUUUAAAUCGAACUCCAACUGGAAAUCAAUGCGUGCAGUGCAAAAACAGAAAACGCAUUAAUCCUGCAUAAUAUUUUUAUAAAUAGACACAAUUGUAUCAGAAUGUCUGCAUUAUUUAUACUAGAAAUGUAACAAAAGAAAUUUUUACUUGUAUUAUGCACUUUUAUUCAAGGAUAUUCCUUCCAGUACUUAAAUCGUGCAGGUGCGCAUAAAUGUAAAUAAAUUUCUUCAUUUUAAUUAUUAUGACUUUGAAAAUCGUGUCUGUAUUUUCUAGUACUUAAUUUAAUGAUGUUAGGAGGCACUUUGUUAUUUAUUUCGCAUUUUAGGAAAAUGGCGGGAUACGCUUUCGUACAAAUAAUGAGUUUGUUCACACGAGAAAAAUCAAUUGCGUUCGUGUGAUCAACCUGGAAGCCUUGCAUCUGUUAGUUUAUUUAUUAGUUGUACAUUUUUUAUCAUUUUAUUUUACAAUAGUUACCAUUUUUAUUACAAGGUAUGUGCAAGUAUAGUAGGUAUUUAUGGUUUGUAUAAUACAUUGUUUUUAAAUAUAACAAUAAAAUGUUA